AUGCCUGCAGACUACUUCAAGGCUUACGGGAAAGAGAUUGAUCUGAACAGAACACCAUCUCCCGAGCCCAACGAAAUGGUGGAACCAAACCCUCCCGCUACCUUACACACUCCCCAAAGAUUAAUAAAAGUUCCAAACUCGAAAAAGAAGAAGAAGAAACUACAGGGACCUAGAACUGAGGUUGGCAAACAAGCAAUUGCAAUUGCAAGGGCUUCAGGUCAUGAAAUAGGAUCACAGGAGUACGAACAAAUAUACAAACAUCAUUAUUAUAAAAUUCGUAAAAGUCUUGGUUCUAAGAUCUAUGAUCCUAAAAAAGGAGACCCAGAGACACAGUUGAAAGCUUUUAAAGAGAAGAUGGUAGAGAAGUCACGGACAUAUAGAAAACGAAUUUACGAAAGAAAAGAAGCUGGACAAAUGACAGAAGCCGAUAUACGUUAUUUCGAAAAAAGUCGUGAAGGAGGUCUAAAAAGAUAUUGGCGUAAUCCUGAAUUGUCAAGAGAGAAAGCAAACGAGAGGCACAGAAAAGCAUAUCGAAAUGAUCCACAAAAUGCAAGAGACAAGGCAGCCAAGAGACGCAAAAUAUCUAAGCCAAAGGAUUCUCCGGCGCAAUCUCAACCGACAAGUCCGAGUGCAUGA